UGAUCAGAUAGGUUCAAUAACUGAGACGUAAAGUGAUAUCUAUAUUAUAUAAGAACGAUUAAAAAUUGAAAUAAGUUUAAUAAAUUAUUAAUAAAGUUUGUCAUGUCCGAGCCGUUAAUUUUGCGUCUUGUUGCAUCGUCUGUUUCAGUGGCAAACAUGGCUGGUAGGAUAAUCAGAGAUAUCCUAAAAACUGGGGACUUAGGGAUUGUCGAAAAAGGCCUAAAUGAUUUGCAAACUGAAGCAGAUAGGAAUGCACAGAAGUGUAUUGUUUCAUCAUUAAUGAAAGCAUUUCCUGACGUUGCAAUUAUUGGAGAAGAGACACUGGACUAUAGUGAUGUGAAUCCGGAUUGGAUAACAAUGGAUCAAGAUGCUGAUGUCUUAAAGCAUGCCGGUUCAAUUCCAGAUGACUUGAAAAAUAUUUCAGCAAAAGAUAUCUGUAUCUGGGUAGAUCCUUUGGAUGGUACUGCAGAAUUUACUCAAGGUCUUCUUGAUCAUGUGACCGUCUUGAUUGGCAUAGCAGUGAAGGAAAAGGCUGUGGCAGGCGUCAUCUACCAGCCAUAUUAUAAUUACCAGAAUGGACCCCAAGCUGAAUUAGGCAGAACCAUCUGGGGAAUUGUUGGAUUAGGGGCAUUUGGCUUUGAGCAAGUAAAGCCUCCAGCGAAAGAGAGAAUAAUAACGACGACGAGAUCACACAUGGAUGGUGCAGUUAAGGGGGCCAUCGAUGCCUGCCAACCUACUAAAAUCCUCAGAGUGGGAGGAGCUGGACAUAAGGUGCUAUUGUUGAUUGAGGGUAAGGCCCACGCUUACCUGUUUGCCAGCCCAGGUUGUAAAAAGUGGGAUACAUGUGCACCUGAAGCUGUGCUUCAUGCCAUGGGAGGUAAGCUAACUGACGUAAACGGAAAUUUCUACCAGUACCAUUCUGGGGUGAAGCUGCGAAAUGAUGGGGGCACGCUGGCCACCUGUCUAUUCGAAGACCACCCCUGGUAUCUCUCCAAGAUGCCAGAAGCCAUUAGGUGCACCUUGAAAUCCAAAUAAAAGUUUAAAUGGCAGCUAUGAAACCGUUUUUGAGAGUUUCGCAUGUGAUAAGAGGUAGGUAUGUAGGAAGUGAUAAUUUCCCAAUCUAUGAGUGCUGUGGAGGAUUUUACGUUAAGAGUUAAGUAAGUUUUAGCAAUUGAGUUGAACACGAAAAUUUACGCAGAUUAAUAUAAUCAAAGUUGUUGGAUUUGCUGAUUAAUUUUAUAUAAAAAAAGCAUCGUGUUAGAGCAUUAUUAUAUAGACUAGAGCAAAUAGAUGUUAUCAUUAACCUUAUUAAUUAAUAUCAAUGUCAUAGUGUAUGGUAUUAUGUGAUUAUUUUUUUGUGCAUGUGUUAGGUAAUUUUUACGCUAUAUUAUGUACUCGUGUUUAACAGUAGUUACCUCCUUUAUUCGGUUUUCACUCAUAAAAUUAUGUUUAUUUGUUAAUAAUUAAUAUAAAUUGUUAAUCAUUGUAAAACGUUUAGAUAUUCUUGAACAAGAGGCCGUCAGAAGUCUCUUCUACUUUUAUAUAGUUCGCAUCGCAGUAGCGUUUGAUUUCAUAAAUUUAUCAUGAAUUUGAACUAACUAUUGCUGGUAGCAUUUUAGUAAAGGUCUAAGUCCUAAUCAAACACCAGAGUUUGGAUAUGUUAGAUAGAAAAUAGAUAGAUAGAUGAAAGAAGAUAGAUAAAAGAUAGAUAAAUAGAUAAAAGAUAGAUGAUAGAUAGAUAAAAGAUAGAUGAAAGAUAGACAGAUAAAAGAUAGAUAGAUAUAAGAUAGAUAAAAAUUGAAGGAGUGCAGAAAUUGCCCGACUAUGUAGCUAAAUGUUUUACAUACAAUUUUAAGGACCAAUGAUUAAUUUUUUUUACUUCCCUACCAAAGUCUUUCAUGAGCCGGUCUUUCAUUUCAAUUUUAUCGGUUUUUAUAUACAUAAUGACAAUAUAACUAGAUAGAAAUAUACUUACAAUUUCAUUUCUAUAUACAAAUACGUAUACAUAUACUGAACAAUUGUAUAAUAUAUUAUCAUAUACUAGUAUAUAUUUUUAUAUAUACACAUAUUUACACACACAUAUACACAUACAUACACUUAUACAUUAUAUUUGUGUAUGUGAACUUAUCAGAAAGUCUUUCAAAUAGAUAUAGAUAUUUUUUUUAACCAAAUAUAGAUUUUCUUGUUUUUUGUGCUAUAUAUUCCAAUAUUAUUGUUUAAUUAAUUGAAUUAGUUAAUUAAUUAAUUGUCGUUUUGUUGGACUUUUUCCACAAAAUAAAAUCUAUAUAUAUAUAUAUAUAUAUAUAUAUAUAUAUAUAAACAUUCAAUAUAUAACAAUACUUGUGAAUAGUAAAUAAAUAAUUAUGAAUAAUAACAUAAUAAUAAAUAGUAAACAGUACUGAGUAGACUAUUAAAGGUCAAUCUCUCUCUUUUGCAUUUGCUUCAGAGGUUUCAACAACAAACACACACAGCUUAUAUGAACACGCGUGCAAACCACGCACCAUACACAUUGCAUAUGAUAGGCGGGGAUCUCUUUGUAUUCGAACCCAGUCAUUGCAUUAGCAAGACCAGGCGCCUUUAACCAUCGAGCCAUCACGCCGCCCAGUUAUUAUUGAUAUCCCAGAAAUUAUAGGAAUUAUUAUAAUUAUUAUUAUAUUACAAUAACUCAACGGUAUUGUUGUAAUUGAUCGGUAUUUGAAAAUACUCUGGAGAUAGGCUC